GUGAGGAAUAACACAAAAUGUCUUCCUCUGAAGCCGUAAACAAGAAAAGUGGAGGAAUUACUUUGACUUUUUCGAAAUUUAGUUCCACAAAGAAGCUACAAAAAUCUUCGAUUGCUGAAAUUAAAGAUGCUUUUAACGAUGAAGUUGAUUUUGUGUCAGGAUUUGAAGACAAGAAAGUUCAAGGCUCCAAGAUAAUUGAUGAACCAAAAGAAUAUGUAAUACCAUGUAUCAAAAAAAAUGUUUGGCAGAAGACCAACCAAGACAAGAAACCAGCCAACAGUAAAGGAGAAAACCCUUCAAAUUCUUUGGAAGAUUUGGCAGCCAAAGAAAUUAUUGCAGAUGCCAACAGACAGAAUGAAGAAUGGAAUGAGAGAGGAGUUGAAGAUACAGGAGCUGCCAUUCCAUUGCUAUUUCAGAAUCAGAUUCCUUCAGGUUAUGAGACGGAUGAUAGACUCGAUGUCUCUUUAAGACCAAAUGAGCCUGAAGACACUGAGUAUGAUUCAGUCCCCAUUGAACAUUUUGGUAAAGCCAUGCUCCGUGGUAUGGGCUGGAAAGAUGGAGAAGGCAUUGGAAAAAAUAAAAAGUUGGUGAACCCUACAGAUGUUGUUAUUCGUCCAAAAGGAAUGGGUCUCGGUGCUGACAAGAGUGCAGUGAAACAACUAAACCACAAUAAAGGCGGCCAUCAAAAGAAAGACAGUGAUGACAGCCCCUUGGUCUUAAAGACAGGUUCACACUGUGUGGUUGAGAAAGGGUCUUCAAAAGGUCUUUAUGGAACUGUUGUAGGAGUUGAUGAGGACAAUGCACGGGUGCUGGUAAAACUAUCCAUCAACAGCAACACCAUCACGGUCAGCCAGUACACCUUACGACUCGUACACAAGAAGGAGUAUGACAAAUACCACAAAUACCUGAAUAAAGUGAAGGUUGAUGAAUACAAGUUAGAAGAAGAAAAGAAGAAAGAGAAGGAACUUGAAAUGUCGAAGAAGGAAAGCAGCUCAAGAAGUGGGGAAAAACGUGCACACGCCUCCUAUGAUAAUGGCAACUCUCACAGACACAAAAAACACAAAUCGGAUCAUCAAAGGAGCACUAAUGGUAGCAGUUCUAUUUGGCUGCGACCCCAAAUCAGGGUCAGAAUCAUUGACAAAUCAUACAAAAAGGGGAAAUACUACAAAAGCAAGGUAGUUGUUGAAGACAUCCUCUCAAAGGAGAAUUGUAUUUGUAAAACGGACGAGGGGAGAUUACUGGAAGAAAUUAGCCAGCGGAUGUUGGAAACUGUUAUUCCAAAGGACAGUCCAGGUUUUGUGAUGAUUCUCAGUGGCAAAUACAAAGGACAGGUUGGUGAAGUGUUGAAGAAAGACAAAUCCAAAUGUGAGGCCACGCUCCAGCUGGUCGGGGAACAAGACACCAUAAUCAAGAUGGACUAUGAUAGCAUCAGCGAAUAUGUUGGCAAUGUCUCUGAACACUAUUAAAUGUCUACAAGUGUUUUGUUGGCAUCAGAAAAAGGAAGAAUGGAGAAAGAUUAGCUCCCUCGACACACAGACUGCACAUGGGGAAGACAGUAUGCUACAUGUUCUACAUGUGGUGGUUUGUUGCUGUGGUAGACAUCUCUAGGAGCAGCUGAUUGAACUGACAACACCACAUAGCGACAGCCUGCUACAUCUUCCAUACUUAUCUUUAUCCUCUCUCUCUCUCUCUCUCUCUCCUUCUCAGCAUUUCUCUAUGUCUAUCUUCUUUCAAGUGUCUUUGGGAUCCUUGUUCUACCUAGACAUCGGCUAGUUAGGCCUAUCAACCAUGUACUGUCAUACAGGUCUCUGAUUCUACAUAGGUAUCGAUUAGUUAGGCCUGUCUCCCAAUCAUAGUGGGUUUUUGAAAUUUCUAUUUAGUGAUCUGAGCAGUCACUGUACCAUGUAUCAUAUUUUAUUACAAUAAUGGAGUGGAUUACCCAAGUAGAAAGACGAUCAGUGUAUAAGUAGAAGUCAUUCGUUCAUUGAUAGGAAAUUCAGAUUUGAGAUUUGGAGGAAUGGAAUUAGUUAUAGCAAUAUUACUGUUGUGAAUUAGGGCAGCAAUGUGGCAGGAUUGUUAACACACCUGGCAAAGUGCUUAGCAAAUUUUUGUCCAUCUUUACAUUCUGAGUUCAAAUUCUGCCAUGGUCGACUUUGCCUUUCAUCCUUUUGGGGUCGAUAAAAUAAGCAAAGCAGCAGUUAUGCACUGGGGUUGAUGUAGUCAACUCCUUUCUCCCCAGAAUUUGCUGGCCUUGUGCCAAAAUUUGAAAUCAAUAUUACUGCUGUGGGUUGACUUUCUUUAUAGUUUACUCAAACGGAAAGUUAUAGAGAGUCUCUUUUGGCCUCUAGUACUGUAUUUUCCGGUCUAUAGAACGCAUCGGUAUUUAAGCCACAGGGCCAAAUUUUGGGGGGAAAUUUUGGUUUUAUCCACACAUAAGGCACACCGAUGUGGGGUGGGUUAGUAUAUAUAUCAACUAAAGGUGGCGAGCUGGCAGAAACGUUAGCGCGCCGGGCGAAAUGUUUAGCGGUAUUUCGUUGGAUAGUCUGUCGUUAUGUUCUGAGUUCAAAUUCCGCCAAGGUCGACUUUGCCUUUCAUCCUUUCGGGGUCGAUAAAUAAAGUACCAGUUUUGCAACUGGGGUCAUUGUGAUUCCUUUAUCCUUGUUUGUCCCCUCUAUGUUUAGCCCCUUGUGGGCAGUAAAGAAAUAUAUAUCAACUAACCCCCACACCCACCUUGAUAUUGCUGGUCAUUCAGUUUGUACAUAAUUAUCUUUAUUACAUUUAGUCAUCCAUCUGGUCAUCCACAAUUAGUGGUUGGAUCAGUCAACCUACAACACCGCAUCAUUCAACUGGUCAGUUUGAACAGGAUUCUCUGCAGUUUGAUCGAUCAAUCGACACUGCUUACAUUAUCGAACUGGUCAUCUGCAACAAAGUCCUCUGUAGCUGGACUGCUCGAGCCACGCCACAUUACCUCAUUGGUUACUCAUUACAGCAUUCAGUGUGACUGGUCACAACUAGAGCAAGUACCAUUUUAAUGGUGAUUUCAUUUUACAUAGUAUAACCGGUUAUUCAUUGUACAUAACCUGCUGGUCAUUCGUUGUGUACAGAUUCUGCUGGUCAUCCAAUCUAUUCUACAGAUUAUACCUGCCACUCUUUCUAUUGUACAGAUAUGCAUGUUGUUGUUGUUGUCGUUUAGCUAAGUGUCAAUCUGAUCAGACAUACAU